GACUAGGAUAGUGAUGUAGAUUCAAUUCAGGGGAGUUAAUGUGGCUGAAAUAAUGACCCACGUUCACUGUCACGUUACACUGUAGUUCACAAUUAACUUCUCUCGUUGUAUUGGGGUUUAAUGAGCGUCAUAGUCUAUGUUACGAGCUAAUCUGAAAUGGGUGUCUGGAAGCGAGUGCUCUUGUGUCGUAGCCUAAUGGAGCCUCUCUCACUCCCUCUCUCUUAGCUUAGUAACAGCAUAAAAAGCCUUUUCAUUAGGCAUAAUGGGUGAAGCGGGAGGAGAAGCAAAGCCAGCCAUUGUAAAAGAAGGCUGGCUUAACAAAAGAGGUGAACACAUCAAGAACUGGAGACAGCGGUAUUUCUACUUGCUUGAAAAUGGAACAUUGUUGGGAUUCAAAACAAAACCAGAACAUGAUCUCUCAGACCCUCUAAAUAAUUUUACUGUCAAGAGAUGCCAGAUUUUGAAGACUGAAAGACCGCGUCCAAACACAUUCAUUAUUAGGGGUUUGCAUUGGACUACAGUUAUAGAACGCACGUUUAAUGCACAGUCUGCAAGUGAUAGAGAGGCUUGGAUGGAAGCCAUCAAACAAGUUUCUGAAAGAAUUGCAGAUAAUUCUGCUCAGGAUGUCCCUAUCCAGGUGGCUGAGUCUGUAGAAAGUAUUCACUUUUCUUAUUCAAGUGAAGAUGAUGAUGAUUCUCAUGGAUCCAGGACAUCAAAAAAGAAGAGGAAAAUUACUUUAGAUAAUUUCGAAUUUUUGAAAGUAUUAGGCAAAGGAACAUUUGGAAAAGUGAUUCUGUGUCGUGAGAAGAGUAGCAACCAUUUCUAUGCUAUCAAGAUUCUUCGAAAAGAUGUUAUCAUUAAACGGGAUGAGGUAGCACAUACGUUAACAGAAAAUAGAGUGUUGCAAAGAGUAGAUCAUCCCUUUUUAACGUAUCUGAAGUACUCCUUCCAGACUAAUGACCGACUUUGUUUUGUGAUGGAGUAUGUCAAUGGUGGAGAGUUAUUUUUUCACCUUAAUCAAGAACGUAUUUUCCCUGAAGAACGUGCCAAAUUUUAUGGUGCUGAAAUAUGUCUAGCACUUGGAUAUCUCCAUGAAAGAAAUAUUAUAUAUAGGGAUCUGAAGCUAGAAAACCUUCUGUUGGAUGCUGAUGGCCAUAUAAAGAUAGCUGAUUUUGGUCUUUGUAAAGAAGAUAUAUCUUAUGGCUCAACUACAAGGACUUUCUGUGGCACACCUGAAUAUUUAGCACCUGAGGUAUUAGAAGAAAAUGACUACGGCCGAGGUGUUGACUGGUGGGGUUAUGGAGUGUGUCUCUAUGAAAUGAUGGUUGGACGCUUACCAUUUUAUGAUAGAGAUCACGAUAAGCUCUUCCAGCAAAUUGUAUGUGAUGAUGUUCGAUUUCCACGAACAAUAUCACAGGAGGCACGUGACUUACUAAAAGGCCUGCUACACAAAGAUCCUAACAAGCGAUUAGGUGGCGGUCCAGGGGAUGCAAAAGAGGUGCAGGCUCACCCAUUUUAUAUAACUAUUAAUUGGAAACUCCUUGAAGAAAAAAAGCUCACACCACCCUUUAAGCCACAAGUAACCAGUGAAACGGACACAAGAUAUUUUGACCGUGAGUUUACUGGAGAAUCCGUGCAGCUUACACCUCCCGACCAAAGUGAACAUCUUAAUGUUAUUGAUGAAGAGUCUGAGUAUAUGACCUUCAAUCACUUUUCAUAUCAAGACAUCUCUUCAACCCGAGGCAGCUCACUCGCAUCGAGUUUAAACUCCUUAGGCCUUGCUGAAGAAGGUUGAGUUUAGAAUUACUGUCAUUUGAGGUCUGUGAAUUCUGAAAACGGCUUCUUCACCUACAACAGGUUUGCAUUAGUCAGAUUUUGUGAAAAAAAAACAUUUAUACAAUUCGUGAAAAAAAAGCGAGCUUUGGGUGGCAUGUAAGAGCCAGUUUUUAAGCAAAGGAAUUUUGUUAACUACAGUAUGCAUGCUCAUACUUAUGCUAGUAGCCAUAAUAUGACCUGGCACAUGUACAGGGAUGUAGUAAUAUUUUGCCAUCUAGAUUUUAAUGCAGUAUGUUGCAUUUUCAACUUCUUUACUUUUCAGAACUGUACUCUGUGACAAGAUUAAAUGCUUUUGUUUUCUUCUCAUUAGAACGUAGUCGAAGUCCAAAUGAUGAUUGAAAUUAAGGCAAGUGUUUUAUGGGGAUUUUUUUUUUUACUUCAUGUAAAUAAUAUGGAAUGAGUUACUUCUAACCAGAUCAGUAUCAUAUUGAAUCCACAUUGACAGUGUAAAUGAAUUUGAAGUUACUAUACUCAGAGUUUAUGGUAUUCAUAAUCUGUUGUUAUUUGUGUCUUGCAGCUAGUCAGUAAUUCAUAUAUAUAGUACAUAUUCUACUUUUUAUGAGUAUGUUGUCUGUUCAUCUUAAGUGGUUUUUACAAACCUUUAAAACAAUUGCCUUGGUUAAACCCAACCAUUCCACUGGAGUUAUGUCUUGUCAACAAGGAUGCAAAAUUCUUUAUUAAACCCUAUAUUUGUUAGUGUUUUUAUGAAUGUGACAUUUUGUUUCCAAAGCAAUGUUUGUGAUUAAUUGGUAUCAUAAGUCUCUGCUAGUUUUGCAGUAUUCCUUAUUUCUUUUCUGAUUUAGUCACAUUCUGUUGGUAAGCAGUACUAUGUAUGAAAUUGCAUUUCUUAAGGCUUUUCCACGCACAAUUGACUAAUAAGAAAUUAUAAUAGGGCUGUUUGACAAUCUCUUAAUUUCACCACAAGGAUGUUAUAGUGUCUUUAGAGAAAAUGUACUUGAGGGAUGCUUGUUCUUCAGGUGCUUUCCAACCUGUAAGCAUCUGUGGAUGAGAGGAUAGGAACUAUGAAAUGACCUGAUUUUUAGGCCAUGAAAAGUAUGGGUUUGUACUAAACCUGUGUAUUCAUUAGUAGAACGAUAAAAUAAACUAGUGAAAACCACUGUGAUGGUGACGUCUAGCAUAUGAAUUUUUCUAGUUAAUGGUAGAUUAUUUCUGCAUCAGGACAGUAAUACCUCAUUUUAACAGACACUAGGGGGAUUUGAGAUUUAUCAGCCUUUUUGAAGUUGACUUAUGAAAUUAUGGAAAAUGACAUUUUAUCAGUUUUCAUCGAUUGUGGGAACCAAUAGCAAUACUCUAUUAGCUUAUGUUUGUUCAGAUUGAAAACUUUAUGCCAUUCAUUCUGGAUUUAGAUGACAUAGGCUAUUAUAAUUUGUCAUUGUUCUUGCUAAGUGUAACAUAAUUUUAACCUUUUAAAUUGUUUUAAUCUUUGCACUUGUAAUGGCUAUAAGAACAAGAAACCCAAGCAUAUUGUAAAAUUGUAAUGGUACCUUCAUGUACUUUGGAAUUCCUUCCCUUAAUAGUUUAGCUGCUUUUUUUUUUGGCAUGGUGUCUGUUAAUUUGAGGUAUCAUUGUUUUAAAUAUUGCUUCAGUUUCACACAAUUUGGUGUAAAAGAAAAAUAACUGUGGAUAUGCUUCCCUCAACUUUUACAAGAGGAAAUGUUGGCAAAUUUUAAAAUGUUUUCGGGAAUAUUAUAAGUUUAAAGAAUGACAUGUUAACAGGAUGUUAUGUUAAAAACGCUUGAUAAAAGGUAAGUUUUGGACUUGUGAAGUGAAUGUUAAGUGGUGGUCAUUUUAGAAGAUAAUACAUCUCUUGUGCAUUAUAUGUUAAAAUCAUUGUUGUGUAUGUUGACUUUGAAACAUACUUUUGAAAAGUGAAAUGUUGUUUGUGUGAAAGGUGAGUGAUGUUACUCUGUCACAAUCUUAUGAACUCUCAGAGCAGCUCAUUAAAAGCUUUUGUAGUUAGUGAAUGUAGGUGAUGAAAGUUUUUACCUCUGUUGUACAGUUCUGAUACUGAUUUGCUGUUUAGCUCUAGGAAUUAAAAUCACUUGGAUGAUUCUACAUUUGGCAACAUUGUACUGAGUUACUCAUGAAGUGCUUAAAUUGAAUGCUUAUUUUAUGUUCAUUUUUUUAAUACAAUUCUGUGAAUAAUUUGAUGCAAUUUUUUCUGUAGACUAAAAAUCAUUUUAAAGAAUCAUGGCUGCAAUAAUACAUACAGGAUAGACAAGGAGGUGGAAAGUAGCUCAUUAUAGGAUGUUAGUUUCUGAUCGAGUUGCAUAAUUUAGCUGUAUAUUUUGCAAAUGCAUCAUGGAAAUUAGUGAAACCCAACUUUGAAACUGGUUUGCUUUUGGGAGAUGAAAGUAUAAUGUCAUUUAGAAGCCAAAGUGGCUUUAGCUACCGCUGGACUACUAGUUUUUUUUUUCUAAAUUGGACUUACAUAUUAAGGUUUUUUAUGACUCUUAAAGAGUUCUCAGCCCAGUGAUUUUACUUAAGUUAUAUAAAAUAGCAUUAGUUGUGUACAGUUGCUGGGAUCGACUGAUAUAGUUGUAAAUAUUACCUCGUGGGAAACUACUUUUUGGGUAUUCAUAGAUAAUGUAGGCAAAAUAAGUGCACAUGCAUCUUAAAAUUUUACAUAUCUUUCAGAAUUUGUGUAUAUGAUUUAGUAGGUAAAUUGAUAAGUUAUAUCUGUAGAGUUUUGAUGGUCUUGUAUUAUUGAAUUUGGUACUGUAGCUUAACUUAUGAGGCCUUUCAAGGUGUAAUUUGCCAUUAGUUUAAAUGCAAAAUUUGUUGAGAAAUGAAAUGGGUUUUUGCUUUUACAUCAAAUUUAAUAGACCAAAUCAAGUUUCUUCAUGGAAAUGGAGGUCAGCAAAAAAAAAUUCCUAUAUUCUUUCUGUAUAUUUAAGUCUUUUAACCCAGAGGUUGGGUUUUACUAUUGGGGAAACAAAUCUUGAAAGCUCAGAAUGUGUGUUAAGUAUUUGUAAAAUGGUUUAGUUAAAUUAAAGAAACCAAUAUAUAUAAAACAUAGAUAACCUUAUCUUGUUUAAGUCAUGUGUAUUGACUUUAAGAACAAAAUUCUUUCUUUUAUAAGCAUUUGGUAAGGAAUGGUUUUAAAGGAUACAUUAUCAUACCAAAGAGUGAUUGAUACUGCCGACUGAUUCUGGUAAUUUAAUUUAGGAAAUUAAUCCGUUUUUUCUUGUGUAUGACUUGUAUAGUCUGUUUUACUUGUAACAGAUACCUAAUUAAGAUGGUGUAGUUCGUAAUUUUUCCUUUUAAAUAGCUUCAAUUUUAGUACAGUGAGCAGACUUGGUUAUAUAAUUCAGGUGAGUGAGGCAUUUUUUAUGGUACACAGAGUUGUAAAUGUCCGUGAAUUAUUGUGAGAGCUUCUAUUUGUACGAGCUAUGGUUCAGAGAGUAGUAAUGUAGGUAAAAAGGAGCCUUUGAUUUUAUCAUUUAAUGGUUGUUUCAUGUGUCCUUUUGAAAUGUUGUUGGAAUAUUUGUCUUUCAAACCAUUUCUUUAUCUGAAAGUUGUAUCUGGAGGGGAUGUCUGUUUGUCCUCUUUUGAAAUUGUGCAGUCUGCCAUACAUGCUAGUGCAGUGUAGCAGUUGCAUUUUAUUAAGGUGUUCAAGUAUUUUACAAUAAACCCCAAGAGAUACCCAUGUGUGUAUCGAAGUUUGUUCAUUAUAUUGUGAUGCUUGUAUUUUCAAGUGAACUGAUAGUCACGUUUUAUUUCCAACUUUGGUCUUCAGUGCAGUCCAUUCUUAAUUUUAACAUUUUUCUCCUUACUAAUAAUCUUUUUCAGAAAUUCAUAUUGUAAUGCAUUGCUAUUUGUUGUCAAGUGUUCCUAUGUGGGAUCACUUAAUUGUACAUCACACAAUACUUUUCUUUUCAAGAUACUAUUUACAUAAGGUCACAUUAGUUGUGGUUGUUUCAUGUGGUACUACUACACUCUGAGAACUUGCAAGGGGUCUAAGAACAACCAAUGAGAACUCAAAGUGGACAUUGAUUAUAUAAACAAACAUGAUCUGUUUCAAAAGAAAUGAUCUAAUGCUUUGUUUCAAAAGAAAUGGUCUAAUAUUUAGCCCUACUUAGUCCGGUGAUAACUACCUUGAUGACUGCAUAGGUUGAAGAAAUAGUAUUUAUAGAGAUUUGGUCUGAUGACCUAGUAGAAUAAGAUUUUUAAAGAAAAUUGUACUAAAUUCUAUUAAAAAUGAAUGGUAGAACUUUUCUAGUUAUUUAUUUUAUGUAAUUGUGAAAAUGGUAUUUCUCCCUUGCAUAUAUAAUUUUAUGAUGUGAUAAUUAUAAUUUAAUUUUUUUAUCAUCAUCUAGUAGAACUUAGUCUUCGUCGCCUGUUUCAUUUCAAUUUAUUGGCUGUUAAACCAAACUUUUGCAGUAUUAAAAUCCUCAAAGUGAAAACUGUGGAAGCUGCACUUCUGCACAAAAAAAAAAAAAAAAAAAAAGUAGAACGUAUGAAUAGAGUAUAAAUUGCAGAAUCAGUAUAUUUGGUUAUGAUAAAGCACAAAGGUAUGUGAAAUUAAAUUGGCAUUUUUUUGUAACAGUCUGAUCAUAAUUACUGGUGUCUGAGACACCUGGCAGGCAGUUUUGGAACUAGAUGGGAGUUAUAAAUUACAAAACUACUGGACACUCAUUUUGUAACUUAAAUGUAAAACCCAGACAGAGUAAGAUGUGGCUUUUAUUUACAA